UGCAUUUUAAGCUAUCAGUCAACACUUAACUUCAAGAAGUUAUCGAGUGACAAGUAUUCUUAUAAUAAAGACAUCUACAUACUAUGUAUGUGCACAUUUGCACGUAUUUAGAUGUAAAUAGUUGUUCUAAUAACAAUAAAAAGUGUGACAUUUCGUACUCGACUAUUGACGUAAAUGGUUGACGAACAGCUGCAUACGCUUUGGCUGAAAGAAUCAACCGGUACACGCUGUCGCUCGCUACACAGUUAUAUGAAUAAAAUACGUGAAAGGCGUCGAUCUUCUUAUUAACUCAAAUUCACUACAAGUCAUUAUGAAAGAAUGGUUCAGAAUCUCAUGCUUAUUAUGCAUAUGCGGGUUUGCACGCGAAAUUCGUCCUUCAGAGCCAUACGUAACGGAAUAUUUGCUGAGCAGCCGGCAAAAUAUAACUCAGGAUGAGGUCAGUAGGAAAGUAUAUCCUGUGGCGACGUAUUCUUAUCUGGCCACCCUUGUACUAAUAUUUCUUGUUACUGACUUUCUGCGGUACAAACCCUUGAUUAUUUUAAUGGGUGCUUGUGGCACAAUAGUGUCAUCUAUGUUGCUCUGGUCGACCACUUUAACAGCUUUGCAAAUACUUGAAUUUUUUUACGGUCUUUACAUGGCCUCCGAAGUGGCUUAUUACACAUAUAUUUACGCUAAAGUGGACAAGCAGUACUAUCCCAAAGUCACUGCUCAUACGCGCGCGGCCAUGUUCCUGGGUAAACUAGUGGCAGGCUUUUCCUCACAGUUACUCAUCAAUUUAAAGCUAAUGAAUUACAAAUCCUUGAAUUACAUAACAUUAAGCACGCAAAUUUUUGCUACAUUGUGGGCUUUCACUUUACCAAAAGUGGAUAAAAGUUUAUAUUUCCAUCGGGAAAAAUAUGUUGAUAAUAUGAAAUCGACGUCAGCUAUUAACUCAUCAUCUACAGAGUUGCAGGAUGCAAAAUCAAUCAACAGCCAGAGUAGAGAAAGUGUAAUUCCGGUAGCACCUUUUAAGUUGCUCUGGUCGCAUUUCUAUAAUGCUUACAGCAAUUUGAAAGUAAUUCAAUGGAGUAUUUGGUAUGCUGUAAGUUUGUGUGGUUAUUUACAAAUAAUUACAUAUAUGCAAGUGUUAUGGAUUGAAAUUGAACCUAAUAUGGAAAUUGCAUGGAAUGGUGCAGUAGAUGCUGUAUUAACGGCAUUAGCAGCUAUAAUGGCCUUGGCGGCUGGGUACAUACAUGCUGGAAGAUUAAAGCCACUUCAAAGUUUACUAGUAUUGUCCACAUUUGCGGCAAUGGAGGGCGCAGCUAUACUACUUUGUUGUUGGACGAAGAAUAUUUACAUUUCUUACGUUGGCUAUAUACUUUAUGGAGCUUUUUAUGCCUUUAGUAUAACUGUGGCGAGCGCUGAAGUGGCACGUUACCUCGAAGAAGACAGUUUCGGAUUAGUUUUCGGUGUAAAUACCUUUAUAGCGUUAACAUUUCAAACGCUACUAACAAUAAUUGUUGUUUCAAACUCUGGUCUGUCUUUGGACACACGGGGACAGUACACUGUCUACGCAUUUUAUUACAUCGGUGCAAGCGUCAUCUACUUCUUAUCUGUGGCUGUGGAAUAUGUGAUUAAUACAAGAACACAAAAACGCACAAAUCUAUCCCUGGAAUAACUUUUGUUUGUGAUAGUUAAAAUAAAAUGUGAAAUUAGUUAUAAAUUUGUAGAUAUCUAAAUAAAGUGAUGGUUACUAUAUUGUAA